AUGCAACACCCCAUCACCGGACGAUGCACUGCGGCCACGGCCAUCACUUCCAUCCAUGAUAAGGGGGCUGAUAACAAGCCUAAGCCGACCUUCUUCUUCGUCACUCGCACUGCGAAGCUCCUAUUCUCCGCUGUUUCCACGAUCUUCACCCCUCUACCCUGGGCGUGCCGAGCUUGA